AUGAGUCUGUUGGAAAAUUACUGUCCUCAUGCUGUGACUGUGGGCCUGGGGCAGCACAGGAGCACUAUAAAAGCUGUUCCAUCUCCUCACUCUCUCAUCCACUCCUCUCCUGCACACAGUCUCCUUGGGAACAAGGUGCACCUGCAGCCCCAAGCCAUGUCCUGCUACACCCGGUGCCAGCCCUGCCAGCCCUGUGGCCCCACCCCGCUGGGCAGCAGCUGCAAUGAGCCCUGUGUCAGGCAGUGCCAGGACUCCCACGUGGCCAUCCAGCCCUCACCCGUGGUGGUGACCCUGCCUGGGCCCAUCCUCAGCUCCUUCCCACAGAACACCGCCGUGGGAUCCUCCACCUCUGCUGCUGUUGGCAGCAUCCUCAGCUCUCAGGGAGUGCCCAUCAGCUCUGGGGGCUUUGGCCUCUCUGGCCUGGGCAGUGGUCUCUGUGGCAGGAGAUGCUUCCCCUGCUAAAGCUGCUGGCGAUGAUUGCAGGCUGUGAACCUAAGGACUCAGCCAGAUGGUUCUUCACUGAGGAUGGAGCAUCGGCUUGGUGCUUCCUGAGGAGCUGAGCAACCCCAGCAGCCCUUGCAGAGGGACUCUUGGGAAGCCCAGCCCAUCCCUGCCUCUGCCCUCCUCCCCUCUGUCGUCUCCCUCCUGUGUCCUUGCUCCCUUGUGCUCUCCUGGGCUGUGAGUCCCACACGUGCAGCCAGGGGAGGACCUGCUGGACCUGCUCCCUCUUUAGGGCAGGCAGAUGGACUUCUGGAAGGUUCUCAGCCACGGCCAUGGGGCACAAUUUCUUAUCUGUCCCUCGUGCUCAGUGCACCAUGACCAUUGCUUGAAAUGACCUUAUUUCCCUCUCUUGACUCUAAUAAAGUUCUGCUGCAUUUGA